AUGGACCUGGUCCUCAUGCAAGAGCUGACCCACGCCGAGAACCAGAACGAUGCGUCCGCGCUGCAGCGGGCCUACGACCUGAUCAAGUCGUCCAACAUGGGCAAGUCGGAGCUGGACCCCGUGGAGAGCUUCAGUCCCGACCUGCUGGUCCUGUGUGCAGAGCGGGCCCUGAAGAUGGGGCGGCCAGAGCUGGCCGAGGACUGCAUCCGGAUGUACUUCAAGGUCAAGGGCCCCGUCACCCAGUUCCUGGGCCGAGCCCACCUGUGCCGGGCCCAGCUGAGCGCCCCCAAGUCCACAGAGAACCUGGAGGAGUUUGAGAACUGUGUCACCGAGUACAUGAAGGUCAUCAGCUUUGCCAAAGCCGAGCCCAGGUACCACUUCCUGGUGUACAACGCCUCGGUCCUCUACUGGCAGAUGGUCAGGCCCUUCCUCAAGCCGGGCUACCACCACUACCUCAUCCCCAGCCUCUCCCACAUCGUCAGCGUGUUGAACCAGACUGAGGAGGAGGACGUCGAGUGGCGGGCAGAGCUGAUGCUGGGGCUUCUUGAGUGUUAUCUCCAGGCUGGGAAAACAGAGGAGGCCUCAAAAUUCUGUUCCAUCACAGCACCGUUCAUUAAAGCUUCCGUGCCUCAGAAAUAUCGACAAAUAUUUGCUCUUAUGGUGCAGUACGAACUAAUGGAUGAGCAGCAGUUAAAGGAGGAGACAAAAGCUUCCAUCAGUCUGUUCGCCACUUUCCACCUGAAUCAGAUAAAAGCAAAAUUGGAGAAAGGUGAAGUACCUGAAGAUUUCGUCGAAACUCUGGAGCAGAGUCACAAGCAGCUGGGCCAGUAUGAUCACGAGAACUUUCCUUCAAUCAAAGAGGAAAAGAUGCUUUUGCUCUUUGAAUUGGCUCAUCUCGCUUUGACCUUGAAAUGCCAGAAAAUCGCUUCCGACUGCUUGUCAGACCUAAAGAAGAUGUCCGACACAGACCCCGGGAAGCUCAUUGAGAUCGAGUGCCUGGAGGGCGAGCUCGAAGCCCUGGGCCUGGAGAGCGCCAUGACGUCCUACCUGCGCUCCGCUGUGGAGACCCAGCUGAGCAUCACCCAGCGACUGGACGUGGCCCUGCAGCAGGCCCUGCGCCUGGGCGACCCGCGGGUCAUCCACGUGGUGUGCGCCACGCAGUGGAACCUGUGCCUGCCACUCCUGCAGCACAACCUCCGUGCCCGGCUGCGCGGACAGCUCAGCACCAUCGCGCACGCGCUGGAGAGGAUGGACAGCCUCAUGCUGCAGCUGCGCUGCCAAGUGCACAUGGAGCUGGCGCACAUCGAGAAGGACGAGGACCGGCUGGAGCUCGCCAUGGGCCACCUGCGGAAGGCCCUGCGGCUCGACAGCCUGGGCCUCCACCAGGAGAAGCUGCAGCUGUCCCUCAGCCAGCUGCGCCUCUACACCACGCUCUACCACAGCCCCGAGCGCGCCGAGGACAGGGCCGCCCUGGCCAUCGAGCAGGCCAAGAAAGCCACCCCCAAGGACAGCGUGCGCAAGAAGCGGGCGCUCCUGGUGAAUGCCGGCCUGGCCCUCGCCCCGGACACCUUCCAGAUCGUGCUGGACAGCGAGAACGAGGCCAAAGUCUCCACCGGGAAGCACCGAGGCCGCUUCACCUACCUCUUCGCCAAGGCGCGUCACCACAUCCUCUGCGUGGAAAAGGCCGCAGGGCACCUGAGACGCCUGGGGAACAAGAACAACCAGGAGAGGGUCUGGAUCUGGACGGAGCUGGUGAAGGUGGCCCGGAAGCAGGGUGUGUGGGACGUGUGCCGGACGGCGUGCCGCUUCUGCCUGCUCUACGACGGCGUCAACGCGAAGAAGCUGCUGAGGGCCACCCGCAAGGGGGCAGGGAGGAAGCGACGAGGCCAGGACAACCUCCUGCUGGAGGCGCAGACGCAGUCGGACCUGAGCGUGCUGCCCCCCGAGCUGAAGAGAAAGUUCGCGGAGGUGGGCUUCAUCUGCGGCGAGGCCACCAUCCAGCUGCUCCAGGCAGAGGGGGUGAGACUGAAUGACAGCCCCCGUCCCCCCGAGGACCUGAGCCAGCACGCGGCCGGCUUCGUGCUGGAGUCCCCGGAGGACAAUGAGGAGUGGCUUCUGUACAGCACGUGGAUAGCGAGCCUGUCCCAGCUGGCCAUGAGCAGCUGGCUGCGGGCCGCCGAGAUUGGCCGUGAGCUGCAGGAGGCGUGGGUGGUGCAGAACGCCAUGGCGUACGUGCUGAACCACAACUACCACCUCAUCGUGGCCGGGCGGCAGAAGGAGCUGGUGGGCGCCUUGCAGCAGCUCCUGGGCAUCAUCAAGUCCAUGGGCCACUGCGGAGACCCCUUGAUCGAGGCCUCCGUGUGCAACAACCUCGCCCGAGGCCUGAUCCUCAGCUGGAUCCCGGCCCACCCCCCGGAAAGGUCUAGAAAGGCCGUGCGCUCGAAUCUCCAGCACGUGCCCCUGGACGCCAACGCCGCCUCGGAGAUCGGGACCGCGGUGGAGGUCUGCGAGCUGGCCCUGAGCCUGUCCGGGGGGGCCGUGCCCGGGGAGGACGUCCCUGUCCAGGUGCGCCAGCAGCUCAUCGCCACCUGGGUGAAGGCCAAGCAGCUGUUGCAGCAGCAGAUCGGGCCGCGGCUGGUCCCCGAGGAGGGCACCAGCGAGAAGGUCAGCGCCGUGAGCAAGGUCCUCGUGGCUCUGGAGAUGUUCUCAUGCAACGGGCUGGGCCUCAUGGACUUCACCGUGCCCCCGCUGGCCCAGGUCGUGUCCAUGGCGUCCGAGUGCAGGUGGACGGACCCCGUGGUGGAGCUUCAGGCCCACAUGAGGCUGGCCCACUUUGCCUACGCAGCCCGCAACCACGAGCUGACCGUGGCCUGCGCGCAGAAGGCCGUCCAGAUGGCCAUCACGCUCCUGAGGGUCACCAACCCGGCCGAGGUCCCUCUGCUGGCCGAGAUGCUGAGCAGCACCUGCUACGUCCAGGGCCGCAGCAUCAUAGAGAACAUGAAGGGCCAGAAGAGGCUGCGGCACGUGGCGGCCAGGGCCUUCCUGGAGGGCGUAAGGUUCGCUGGCAUUGCCGAGAACAGCGCCCUGGUGCUGCUGGGCGCGCGGCACUUCUGGAACUCGUGGCUCCCCAUGCUGGGCUCGGCGGCCAGCAGGAAGAUGUGCCGGAGCAGCCUGCAAAAGGUCAUCCACAUCAUCAACAAGACGGAGGCCAAGAAGCCGAAAAAGAGAAAGAUACUGCUUCUGCAUCAGUGGCCGACGGCAGACUUCCAAAGCGGAGGGAUCAGUGAAGGCUACUUCCUCCCAGGUGCUGAGGAAGACCUGACACUGCGGGCUGCCCUCUACGGCCUCCUGUUCCACAGCUAUGCUGACAAUGAGGACUGGGCGGGCGGCCUCAAGGUGCUGGGCGAGGCCGCCCAGGUGCUGCCGCGGACCCCACACCGGCUCCUGAUCUUCAAGCAUAUGAUCAUCGUCAAGGCCAAGCUGGGGCAGACGUUCCUGAUGGAGAUCCAGAAGUUCAAGGACGAGAGCGAGGACUACCUGGCGCACAUGUGGUACCGCCUGGCCCUGAACUCCAAGAGCAUCCACGGCCAGAUGAUGUGCUACCAGAACGCCAUCCAGGCCUUGCAGAGGCCGGAGAGCAGGUGGCAGAAGGUGGACUACAUCCUGGAGUUCAGCAAGUGGCUGUACUACAGACAGUUCCCACUGAACAACGUGGUCUUCCUGCUCCAGUGGGCCAUCCACAUCCUGCUGCGGAUGGGGGCCCCCAGGGAGGCGCCCGAGCCGGCAGAGGAGCCCCCGGAGAAGGCCGAGAGCCCGAAGCCGAGCCCGGGCGGCUGGGAGAGGCUGCGCAGUGUGCGGCAGCUGGAGGCGCUGGCCCGGGCCCACACGCUGCUGGCGCUGGUGACCGCGGCCUCCUCGCCUCGCUACGAUGACCACUGCCUGCUGGCCUGCGCCUUCUUUCAGCACAUCUGGAAGGUUUCUUUUCAAGCGGUACAACAAGCCAUUUCUGAGAAUAAAAUCAGAGUAGCAGGCAGCACGCACACAGUCGUAGGCAGUACCCACUCGUUGCUGAACAAAAAAGAGAGGGACAAGAAGAAGGAGAGGGAGAGAGGGAAGGAGGAGAAGACCAAGGAGCCGAGCAAGGAGCUGAAGCCGCAUCUGGAAGAUCUCCCGGCGAGCAUCACCGAGUGGGCGUCCUACUUCUGCCCUGUGGAGAUGGUGUCCGUGCUCCAGAUGGACAGGAGCGACUUCACGGUCAACGCCGUCAGCAUCCCAAAGCCCACGUACACGCUGUACUACGUGGACCAGCUGGUGAAGGCCCUGCAGAAACUGUCUCUGCACCAGCUCACCGUCCCACUCCUGCAGCUCGGGGUGCUGAUCGCCGACUCCGUUCUAGAGAACCAGAGCAUCAAGGAUCUCUACCACCUCCGGCUCGCCCUGGUCUGCACAGAGCUGGGCCUGAAGGAGGCCGCGGCCCAGCACGAGGACGUGGUCGGCCAGGUGUACAUCACUGAGGCAGAGCAGGCGAGCUGUAGGAAAGAGAUGGCUCUGCUGAAGGAAAAGAACAAGGACGUCCUGCUGGACAGCGAGCCCCAGCCCCAGCGCCCGGACACCGUCCAGCAUGAGCUCCCCAAGCCCCUGGUGGCCAAGGACAAGAUUCUGAAGAUGAAGGAGGAGAACAGGAAAGUCCUGGAAGGCACAUCCUUCCCCCACCUGUGGACGCUCAAAGCAGAGGUCCUGCUGGAGAUGGAGCUUUACCAGCCCGCGAGGCUGCUCCUCUCUGAGGCCCACCUGGCUUUCCAGGAGCUGGGGGACCCCUUCGCCCAGUCCCGGUGCCUGUGUCUGCUGGCGCAGCUGGCGAACAAGGAGCGAGAUUUCAGGGGCGCCAGGCGGAUGGUGGAGGAGGCCCAGCGGCUGGGGGGUGGCGAGGAGUUCUGGCUCCGCUCCACGCUGACCCUGGCCGAGGCCAUCCUGUCCAUGGGCCCGAGACGCCAGAACAUGGAGGUCCCCCGGCUGCUACAGAGACUCAUCGGCGCCUUCGAGGUGCUCAAGAAGGAGCGGCCCAACCGGGCCCCUGUCCUGGAGCGCAUGAUGGUAGAGCUAGAGUCCAGGUUUCUGAGCAUGCAGGUCCGGAGCGCCCGGGAGCAGCUGGGCCUGGGCCUGCAGCUGCUGUGCCAGCUGGACGCGUCGCUGGUGGACCUGGAGAAGAGGCUGCGCGGAGGCGGCGGAGGCGGCGAGAAGUGCGUGGACGUCAUGCUGGAGCGCGUGGAGAUCAAGAAGCUGUGCGCCCAGCGGGAGGAGAGCGAGGAGGCGAGAGCCGCGUACUACCUGGAGGCCUUCGGCUUGGCUUCCGAAGCCGUGGCCAGAGGGGAGGCACGCUACCACACCAUCCGCUUCCUGCUGGCCCACCACGAGGUGCAGACGCCCAGCAGCCCCGUGGCGUGGAGCCUGGCGCACCUCAAGCUGGGCCUGGUGGAGCUCUCCCUGGAGCUGCUGCAGCUGCUGUGGCAGGAGGCGCGGGCGCGGCAGGCGGAGCAGAGCACCAUGGGCAAGGUGCUGGCCGAGUACCUGCUCAGCGUCCGGGAGCUCAGCGCCAGCACUGUGAGGUGGCUGGCGCUGGGGCGGACCCUGGCGCACUCGAUGCUGGCCCAGCUGGGCAGCCUGCAGCCCCUGGUGGCCCACUGCCCUCCACUCCGUGCCCGCUACCUGGGCCUGGCCGGGAAGGCCCUGCGCCUGCUGGCCGAACAGGCUGCCCCGCUGCACCCCGCCUUCCGCUGGGGGGACGGACCCUCGGUAGGUGCCAGAGGCUGGGGGCAUCAGGGCUGCGGGGAGGCCGCAGAGCCAAGCAUCCUGCAGGGCCUCCGUCGGGACUGGGAAGCCGAGGAAAACAAGUCCUCCAGGGCCACCCUGACCAGCCCCAGGGAGGCGCCCUCCGAGCUGUUCACCCAGAAGAGCUGGGAACUGAAGAGGAGGCUGCUCCAGGCCCAGCGGUACCUGGCGCAGGCGUCCGAGGUGCUGCUGCAGGGCCUGCAUGUGGCCCUGGGGCAGCGCCUGCUGGACGUGGCGGCAGCCGCCAGCCUGCAGAUGGUGGAGUGUGUGGGCACCCUGGACCCCUUUGCCGCCUGCCAGUUCCUGGCUUUGUCUCAGAGUUGCUCGGCCUCUGGCUCCAUGCGGGAGGUGCUGCUCGCGGCCACGGCCAACACGGGCAGCUCACAGCUGGCUGCGCUGCUGCACCUGGAGCAGAGGCUGCGGCAGCUGGGCCGGACGAACACCAGGCUCUUCGCCAGCGUGGAGCGGCGGCUGGACACCACCUUCAAGGCGUGGCAGAGCCUGGGCGUCACGGAGCAGCACUUCAGCCUCCUGGGUGACCUGGCGCCCGCCUACCGCCUCCUGCUCCUGCACCACGGGCCGGACAGAGCCCAUCUGUACGGGGCAGCCUACGAGCGGGCCCAGGUCACCCCCACGGCCCGAGGGAAGCAGACGCACACAGGGGGUGCCUGCAGGGUGGCCCGGGCGGCCGUGAGCCCAGAAGCCUUCUCUGCCCUGCUGGCUGGCGUCCACCAGUUUCAGGAGCAGACCCAGGUAGCCGGUCAGGGCCCAGGGCAGCCGGGUGCGGAGGGCAGGUGGUGAGUGCGAGUGAGCCCUUGCUCCUGCCCCACAGGUGAAGAGAGACGGCGGCCGCAGCUUGCUGACCUGCUGCGGCCCCUGGAGCAGUACCUGGCGCCCCUGAGUCCACUGCUGGCCUGGGCGCUGGACAACAGGACUCAGAACCCCCAGGCGGUGCCGGACGUGGGGAAGGCCAAGGGCAGGGACAAGGACCGGCGGCCAUCCACCGUCCAGGGUGAGCCGGUCCAGCCCGAGCCUGCGGACAGCAUCGUCGUCAUCGCGGACCAGCCGCUGCUCGAGCUGCCCCUGGAGGGGCUCACGGUGCUCGCCGAGGCGCCCGCCACGUCCCUGUCCCGGGACUUCUCCCUGCAGAUGCUGAGCGAGCGGCUGCGCAAAGCCGAGACCGACGGCAGCUUGAGGCUGGAGAGCAAAGCCCUGAGGAAGUCGGUGCCGUCCAAGAAGGGCAAGAAGGCGGCCAUCCGCACUCUGCCCCCUGACUGUGCCAUCGUGGACACCGACGGCAUCAAGUACAUUGUGGACCCCAGCGAGGAGGACCAGGACUCGGAGCCGCUGAGCCCCGUGUGUGUGGCCCAGGAGAUCUUGGACAGGUUCCAGGAGUCCCUCACCACUCACUGGACAGGUCACCUGGGCAGAGCAUCUUUCCCGAGCCAGGCCGACUGGGAGCGCGCACUGGGCGGCUGCAGCGGCUUCUUCUUCUACGGGAUGGACCCCUUCCUGUCCCACCUGCGGGCCGAGAGGCUGGUGGCCAUGAACCUGGAAGACUGCCGGCUGAUGGUCCUGCUGGACCUGACCAGCUCCCAGAGGACCACACGCAGAUGCAGGCAGCUGGCAGAGAGUGGCAGCCUGUCCUCGCAGCGGGCCCUGGAGAAGCCCGUGGAGACGGCCGUCCUGCUCAGCCUGGCCGGGGUGCGCAGCGUGCUAAGCAACCAGUGGCCCACGGAGCUGGCGGCCAACGUGCUACGGGCCGGGAUGCUCUGGGAGAACCUGCUGCAGUCUGCCAGGCCCAUUGGGCGGGCUCUGAGGGCCCUUCAGAAGAUGGGAGCUGAUGACCUGAUGAAGCCAGAGGAGUUGCCACCUGUGCUGAGAGCAAGGCUGUCCCUAGUCCAGGAGCAGCUCCCGGGCGCCGACUGGCCGGCCGUCACCCUCAACUCGGUGCUGUACGGGCUGCCGCGCCAGGUCAUCGGCUGA